GGCUGUCAUCACCAGUGCAGUCAUGGCUUUCAGCAGCCUCAUUGGAGCCAGAGUUCGACUGAGUCGUCCCCAGAGAACGGCGACUAGACCCAAGGGGAAGUCGCCGAGGUCCUGUGACUAAGACCCAACACGGAGAGUGCGCAAAUGCGUUUACAAUGUCGUGCUUCUCAAGUCAAUCUCGGGGAAAAGCUCCCUCCGCGAGGAGAUCUCCUCGUAGGACUGACAGACGGUCGUAUUCUGAUGCAACUAUGCGUCGAGCUCUGCGGGGCAUCCUUCCGCAUUCCGGAAGUGUCGUCUAACAGAUAUCGAUGGAUGGAGAAUAUCAAUCAGGUUCUCGCCUUCCUCCAACGACAGUUCGGUGCGGACCUUUCGGAUGUUGGAGCGGGAGACAUCGUCGGGAACAAAAUCCAGCCCACUCUGCGGGUUCUAUGGUGUCUGAUUCUGGCGCAGUACGCGUAUGCUCCGGAUGAAUCACCUGAGACUCCCCAGGCCCGAUCCGAGAAAGAGAUCAGAUCCGCCGUUCUGAGGUGGUGCCGCGAGGAAUGUCGAAAAUUCGAUGUAGAUGUUCAGAAUCUCGGAGCGCCCUGGAAAAAGGGAUUAGCUUUCGCAGCGCUAUUGAUGAGUCAUCUGGCGAAUGAUGAACUCCAGUCUCUGCUGCAAAAAAUCGAUCUGGAUAGCUCUGCAGACGUCCUGAAUACCGUCUUCCAGCUCGCCGAGGAAAAGUUCGGCACACCGAGACUAUUGGAUGCCGAAGAUUUCGAGCUGUCGAGAUUUGAUGAGAAAUCCAUUCUCGCCUACCUGAUCUCCUUAAAACAAUCGAUCGAGGGUCGAUCGGCCUCUCGCAACGACUCGUCUCUGGAAAUAAGCUCAUAAUGGAAUCCCCGCCUAAUAAAUUCCUGACUCUGUUCU